UUUGUACGAUCCCGUGUGGGAGGAUCUAGAAAUGGUUGUGAUGCUAUAAGUUAUAUACCAACUUCACCAGAAGAUACAACUUUAGUAUUUGAAUCAAGAUUUGAAAGUGGUAAUCUGGCUAAAGCUAUUAAAGUGGGAGAAUAUGAUUAUGAACUAUAUCUAAGAUAUGAUUUAUUUACAUCUAAACAUACACAAUGGUAUUAUUUCCGAGUUAAAAACACUAGACCUAAUAUUAAAUACCGAUUUACUAUUGUUAACUUUAUGAAGCCUGAUAGUUUAUAUAAUUAUGGGAUGAAACCAUUGAUGUACAGUGAGAAAUCAGCUCAACAGAAGAAAAUAGGGUGGAUACGAGCUGGAACUGAUAUUAAAUAUUAUAGAAAUAAUUUAAAGUAUGAAACAACAAAGGGAGAUAAGUCAUUCUAUUCAUUAACAUGGACAACACAGUUUACUCAUGGUAAUGAUGAUGUUUAUUUCUCACAUUGUUAUCCUUACACCUAUACAGACUUACAGGAUUACCUAUUAGAAUUAUCAAAUGAUCCUAUUAAAUCAAGAAUUUGUAAACAAAGGGUAUUGUGCAGAACAAUUGCUGGGAAUUUAGUAUAUUUAUUAACAAUUACCUCCCCUUCUCAACAUCCAGAUGAUUUGAAACACAAGAAAGCUGUUGUAUUAACAUCUAGAGUACAUCCUGGUGAAAGUAAUUCAAGUUGGAUGAUGAAGGGAUUUUUAGACUAUCUUACUGGAAACUCAGCAGAUGCAAAGUUGUUAAGGGAUACAUUUAUAUUUAAAAUAGUACCAAUGUUAAAUCCUGAUGGAGUUAUAGUAGGCAAUUAUAGAUGUUCACUGGCUGGUCGUGAUUUAAACAGAAACUAUAAAACAAUGUUAAAAGAUGCCUACCCUUCUGUAUGGCAUACCAGAAGUAUGAUCAGAAAGUUGUUACAAGAAAGAGAGAUAGUGGUGUAUUGUGAUUUACAUGGUCAUAGUCGAAGACAAAAUGUCUUUAUUUAUGGUUGUGAAAAUAAACAUAAUGAGAAAAGACUAAGAGAAAGAAUAUUUCCCUGCAUGUUGUCAAAAAAUGCUCCCCAUUCAUUUAGUUAUAAUUCAUGUAAAUUUAAAGUACAGAAGAGUAAAGAAGGUACAGGAAGAAUUGUUGUAUGGAAUAUGGGUGUUCUCAAUAGCUUUACAAUGGAGGCAACAUUCUGUGGGUCAUCACUGGGUAAAAAGAAAGGCAGCCAUUUUUCAGUAGCAGAUUUUGAAGCAUUAGGCUAUUACUUCUGUGACACAUUAUUAGAUUAUUGUGAUCCUGACGCUACCAAGUGUGCUAAUAUCUAUCUAGACCUAGAAGAGAAAUUACGUAAAGAAAUUUUGUCUAGGAUGGAGAAACAAGGAGUGACGUCACCUAAUGAUCUAGAUAUGAGUGAUUUAGAAUCUGACUUAGAAUCAAGUGAUGGUGGAUCGGACAGCUCAGUAUCUGAUGGUCCUCCAAUUCAUUUACAAUAUUCUUCACAAAGGGUAAGUCUGGACUCAAUUAUUAUAUUCUCCAAAUAG